AUGCCGGGCAUGUACCUGGAGCUUCGGGCAUCGCACCCCCAUUACUGCAGGGUGGAGAACACUCAGGUCAGAGAUGCCGAGGGUGGAAUUCGAAAGUUGGGGGAGAAGGAGGAGAAAAAGGAAGAGAAAGAGGGGGCAGCAGGGCCGGUCUUGAUGGCAGAGGGGGCUCUGAAUCCCCCUGGGGCCCUGCUGUCCCAGAGGAGGAAGGCCCAGGAGGGGGGCCCCCAGGGGGUGAAGUUGGAGUUACACCCACUGCUGAACAGGUGGGCUCUGUGGUUUUUCAAGAAUGACCGCAGCCGCGCCUGGCAGGACAACCUGCAUCUUGUCACCAAGUUUGACACUGUGGAGGACUUCUGGGCGAUGUACAGUCACAUCCAACUGGCCAGUAAGCUCUCUUCCGGCUGUGACUACGCCCUCUUCAAGGAUGGCAUUGAGCCCAUGUGGGAAGAUAGCAGGAAUAAGAGGGGUGGCCGCUGGCUGGUCAGUCUCGCCAAGCAGCAGCGCCACAGCGAGCUGGACCGCCUGUGGCUGGAGACCGUCUACAAAGAGCGCCUGGGCCUCUCCACAAAGAUCGUCAUUGGGUACCAGGCCCAUGCAGACACGGCCACCAAGAGCAACUCCCUAGCCAAGAAUAAGUUUGUGGUGUGA